AUGUCAGAAGUGUUUUUUGAAUACUUUAUCUAUCCAAUGAAGUCGCCGUGUGAUUUACAUGGCUGCAUCGGUAUUGCGAAUCAAUUGUGGCCCAGUUCUGAGCAUUUGAUAGAGUACACCAGCCAUUUGUCUGCCAAUCUAAGAUCUAUAAUCGAAUCCACAAAACAUAACGUGGGCGUGUCAAAAACGAUAAAUUCACAAUCCCUCAAAAUCGGUGACUAUCAAGCUGUCAACGAACCAUGGAAUUCAAUUUAUCAGACACCCUUCGGAAUGGUUCGAGUUACCCCUUCACUGUUCUAUCAUUUGGACAAAUAG